UUGUCUUGGCGGUAGAGUGAAAGUGGUUCUGAGCAAGUCACCAGGUGUUGAAAAAGGGGCUUGGGAAUGGCGUUUAUGUCUCUGAAGGCACCGUCCCACAACCCGGUUCAAAGCCACACGGGAGAAUGUAAAACCACUGCACCUAAGUUUCUUGCUUUUUUAUCCGGUCCGUCGGCACCCAGUUCGACAUAUUUGACAGAGUAGUUGAACUUGCAUCCUGUAAGUGGAAAUGGCAUAUCAUCUUUGAAGAGUGUAUAGUGCAGCAAAGCAGGAGAAGUGUGGGCAGCAUGUUCAUCUAACAGCGUAUUGCUGGUUUAUGAUUGUUCAUCUGCAGUGUCUAUAGAAAAAAGUAAAAAUCCUGUGUUUUGGGAAAUGUGCUGUGAUUCAAAAAGGAGGUUUUUGCUCCUCUAUGCAACACAAAAGGGGCAGGCAAAAGCCAUAGCUGAGGAAAUAUGGCAGCAAGCAGGUACCCAUGGACUUGAAGCUGAUAUGCAUUGUAUAAGUGAAAUGGAUAAGUAUAACCUGGAAACAGAAAAGGAUCCUGUGGUUAUUGUUAUUUCCACUACUGGUACUGGAGACCCACCAGACACUGCCCGCAAGUUUGUAAAGAAAAUUCAAGACUCAACCUUGCCACCUGAUCAUUUCGCACAUCUCCAGUAUGGAUUGCUAGGUCUGGGAGAUUCAGAGUACAUGUUCUUUUGUAAUGGUGGAAAGACAGUAGACCGACGACUUCAAGAACUUGGUGCCCAGCACUUCUAUGACACAGGAUUAGCAGAUGAUUGUGUAGGUUUGGAAUUAGUGGUUGAUCCUUGGAUUGAUGGACUUUGGCUUGCUCUCAAGGAAGUAUUGCUACUGCAGAAAGAAAAAGAAGGCAUGAACAAUGUUGUUGAUGCUGUUACUAGCUCUCUCUCUCCAGCUCCACAUGUUGUGCAUGAACUGAACUUAAGCUCUGAAGUACAGAACUUGAAGCUAGAAGAUGAGGGAGUGAAGAGUUCUGAUGUUCUGUCACAGAAAGUGGAUGACAUUAAUCUUGUGACUCCAGCUAGAAGCACUGAACCUUCACUUGUUAAUUCCAUCCCUCCUCUCUCCCAGUCUGCUCUUAAUAUUCCUGCCCUGCCACCAGAAUACAUAGAGGUGCAGUUUCAAGGCACCCAUGGUGAGAAUCCACAUCUGUCCUCACUUAUCUCUGAGGAAACAACCUUUGAAGUGCCAGUUACAAAAGCAGUUCAACUCACUAGAGAAGAUGCAAUAAAAACCGCUUUGCUCUUAGAACUUGAUAUUUCAGAUACAGUCUUUGACUACCAACCUGGAGAUGCCUUCUGUGUAAUAUGUCCCAACAAUGCCAACGAGGUGGAAGAGCUUCUUCAUAUCUUGGGACUUUCUGAAAAAGGAGAUGACUUCGUUUGCGUAAAGGUUAAGCAGGGCACUAGAAAGAAAGGAGCAUCUCGUCCACAGCACAUCCCUGAAAGAAGCACUCUGAAAUUCAUUCUAACCUGGUGUCUGGAAAUAAGAGCAGUUCCCAAAAAGGCAUUUUUGCGAGCUCUUGCAGAAUGUACCAGUGAUGCAGGAGAAAAACGGAGGCUUCAAGAGCUUUGCAGCAGACAAGGAGCCUCUGAUUACAUGCGCUUUAUUAGAGAUUCUAAUGUUUGCUUCCUGGAUUUACUUUAUGCUUUUCCAAGCUGCAGGCCUUCACUUAACCUGUUAAUUGAACAUCUUCCAAAAUUACAAGCCAGAUCCUAUUCAGUGUCAAGUUCAAACUUAUAUCAGCCAGGAAAGCUGUGCUUUGUAUUUAAUAUUGUGGAGUUCCCUGGCUGUCCUGCUAGACCAGUCUCACGGAAAGGAGUGUGUACAGGGUGGCUUGCUGAAUUAGUUGCACCUCUACUGCACCCCAAUAAAAACACUUUGGAUACAAAAGGAGAAAGCUUUUCAACUGAAAAGAUAUCUAUUUUUCCUCGUCCAAACAAUACUUUCCACUUACCUGCAGACCCAUCUGUCCCAUUCAUGAUGGUUGGUCCAGGAACAGGAAUUUCACCAUUCAUUGGUUUCCUACAACACAGGCAGAAGCUCAGAGAACAACAUACAGACUGGGAAUUUGGAGAAACAUGGCUGUUUUUUGGUUGUCGGCAUCAGGAUCGAGACUAUUUGUUCAAAGAUGAGCUGAGAUGUUUUCUUGAAAAUGGCACAUUAACUCAUCUUAAGGUUUGUUUCUCAAGAGACUCUUCAACUGCAGAAGUAGCUUCACCUAAAUAUGUGCAAGACAUCAUUAGGCUUUAUGCCAGGGAAGUUGCCAGAGUCCUGCUGGAAGAGAAAGGUUACUUCUAUAUAUGUGGAGAUAAGAAGCACAUGGCUGAUGGUGUAAGCGAUGCUGUAGUAGAAAUUUUGAGCAUGGAAAUGGAAGCUGACAGAUUGGAAGCAAUGAAAAUCCUGGCCAUGCUUCGAGAAGAAAAACGCUAUUUACAGGAUGUGUGGAGCUAAAUAUUUAGCUUUUCCUAUGCCUUUGUAACACAGAAUACUUCUUUUCACACAUGUGCUUUUGACUAAAAGUUAUUGUCAGAAGUGCUAUGAGUAGUUACACAAAUGUUAACUUUCUCUAUUGACCUUUAAACAGGAACAUGAAACCUUUUAAAUGACAGCAAACCAGGCUGGCCUUUGAAGUGUCUGAGGUUUUAGAGAUGUUACAUAAUGGACUGUCUCAGUGCCUUGAUUCUCUCAUUUUAAGAUUAAUUUAAUGUAUAAAUUAAAAUCUUCUGCACCUGUACAAGCAUAAUUAUAUGUUGACAUUACAUCAUGUAUCUUUUCCUAUAAUGUACACAUAAUGAAACUACAGAGUAAAUAUGUUCCACAGUGAUCUGUGUGUUAUCAAAUACAUUACUGACUUGCCAAGAUUUAUUUGAAUACUUCCUAGAUGCUUCCUGAGACUACUUAUAUUUUUUCAGCUCGCACAAUGACAGUAACUGCCAAAAGGUUACUGAAGAAUUUCAGCUCCAAAAUUCUCUUUAAUACUUAGCUUUUUCAUGACAUCAUUACUUUGUGUCUUGAAGUUUGCCACACUCUGUGCUAUCAUUAUUAGAUUUUCCUGAAAGUGUUUUCAUUCCUGUCUCUAAAAUGUUUGUGGUUUAAUUUAUGAGCAAACUCAACCAGUUGGGCUGAAUUUGGUUGCUUAAUAAAUAGUUUCUCAGAUUACUAAAUUAAUUUUGUUAAAUCGAAGACAUAGUAAAAUACAGCGUUUUGAAAGGAGUUGCCCAUGUGACAAUCCACUGCCAAAUUAAUUUGUUGAAAGCAUAUUUUUCAAGUGUCUGAUCUUUCUAACAAGGGACAUUUGGUGUACAAAUAGGUGGAAGAGUAAAAGUGUAAGUUAUUCAUGGUUCUUUUCAGAUCUCUUCCCUCUGCUUUUUCUAAAUUCUAAAUAUCCAUGUUGUCUUCUCAGUUCCCUGUCAUCCUUAAAGGAUAAAAACAAAGUAUGAGAGAAUAUUUUAGACAAAUCAUUUUUUCCUGGGAAAAGUUGUUGUUUUGUUUUGAUUUACACAUAGUCAGAACCACAUCACUUACUCCAAGUCUUGUGGUUGUCUAGUGAUUAUUAGUUAAUUGGUCAAGUUGUGUGCUGUGCUUGUUGAAUCUGUUUGACAUAUAAGCCUUGUUGUAUUUUUUGUUGCUCCUGGGGAAUGUGUAGUGUUUUGCUGUCUCUUUGUUUCCUUUGGAAGUUAAGCUUCAAGGCCACAUUUUUUGUCUUAACUGCAUUCCAGUUUUACUUUGUGACCAGAAGUGGAGAAUAACUGUAUUAGUAAAGAGGAAAUUAGUCUUAUCAGUGCUGUAAUUAGAAAUCCUUCUCAUAAGUCUCUUCCUUUCUGUCUUUCGUGCUUCUGUUAUUCUAUCUGAGAGCCUAAUGUAAAGAAGGAAAUGAAGAGAGCCUUGAGCUUCUGUCUUUCCUAGUUCUGUGCUGCUAAUUAUCUUACAGAUCCAUCUUUCUCAUGCAUUUCCUCAAUAAUUGGACUGUCACAGAAAAUCUAGUUACUUCCCAAAAAUGCAGGGGUAUUUUUUUAAUAAUACGUUUGAGUAACUUUUUUUAGUGAAAUGGAAAAGCUAAGCCUCAGACUUUGUGGGAAGCGGUAGGUCCCACUGUGCUCUACACAAAUUCUGUCAUGGGGCUGGUGUGUAAGAGGUGUCAGCAAUGUGGGGGUGAGGGUGGGUGGGACACGUGUUGGUGUGGGGCUGUCGGUGGUAUCAAGCUGUAUGCAAUGAAAAAAACCACCUUACUUCUGCUUAUUAGGUGUUCUUCAGUUUCCUGCUUGUUUUCUUUGCCAUCAUUUGUAUUGCUGCAUAGAGCAGGAGAUGGAUAAAAUGCUCAAGUUAGUGACAGCAGUGCAGGUUUUAUGUGGAGUCUUCCAUUAACUAGUGGCUUACUGUGCUAUGAGUUAUUGUAUUUUGUACUCCAAAAAUGCUAACUUUUUUGAAACCAUCCCUGAAUGUUAUGCAAAUUCUUCUCCAGCAGUUAUAUUUUAUGUCACCUAAUAGCAAUUACUGUUGCUAUACAAAGAUGUGCUGUCACAUAAACCAUAUGGAAAGUAUACACUGUAUGUUUUAUCUAAAUGUUAUCCUGUAGCCUUAUUAAAACUGCUCCCCAGAUGACAGUAUUUCUGUGCUGUUGAGGAUAGAAGUAUUUUGCCAGGUUCCAUGCUUGGCUAAAGUAGUGUCCAUGGUGGAUAGCGUAGGAGAUGCCUGUACCUGAAGACUCUGAGCUUUUUAAGACCUUGGUCAGCACCAAGCCAUAAAUAAUUUUAAAUGUUUCUGGCUCACAAAUCUCCCGUUUGAAUGGGCAGAUUCAGCUGCAGCUGUACGUAGUGUGAAAUUCCACAUAAGAAACCAUAUCUAUUCAGUCCCUUAUUCUGUAGCUGAUUUUUUUAAAGGAAGAAUAAAAGAACACUUACAGCGAGCAGAUAUGAAAUGACCUGCCUGAAACUCAACUUUGAGCUUUUCAGUUCCCAUGAAGUCGUGCUUGCAACUAUUAUUUUCUGUAAUGUAAAAAACUGUGUUCUCAUUUUAUAUUCAUGCAUUUAGCAGUUUGGUAUGUUGAUGGCUUUGCACAACCAACUUAUUGGGAUCUCAGUUUCACUGGAUAUCCUUUGUAUAAAAGGAUCUUUUUUUUCUGAGUACCUUUGUGAUUUGUCAUCUCAACCUGACAGCUUCAAAUUUUUCCCUGCUCUUCAAAUGGAAACUUUAUUACUCCUUCUGUGGAUCCAUCCAUCAUCUGAAUUGGGAAGAUCAAAACUGAAUCCAGUAGUCUGAUUUCAGACAUGACAGUGAUUAUAUAAUAAGAAACAACAGAAUAUUUUUAA